AUCUCUGAUCCAUCAGCAACCUGGCUGCCUGUCUAUAGUACAGUACGCCAGCGGCGGCGGCGGCAUGCUUGCUUUGCAGUUGCAGGGUCGCCGCCUUCGGCCUGGCUGCCGGCGACGUGUCGGGCCUCUCUCGCCGUCUUGGACCGGCCCAGAUGAGAACAUUAAUGGGCACAAUAGAUUCAGCUUGGGCCCAACAAGCCCUCGAUCCCUCCCCGUCCCCGUCCUCACCCGCAACCCAACCCGACGGCCACUUCCGCCAUGGCCAUGCUCGCCCUCUCCCUCUCCCUCUCCCUCUCCUCCCGCCCCCUCUCCUCCUCCUCCGCCUUCCUCCGCUCGAAGCAGCGCGCACCCCACCUCCACCUCCACCGCCUCCUCCUCCCCAAACCCCUCUCCUCCGCCUCGACCUCCGCCUGCGCGCUCACGCCGCCGACUCCCCUAGCCGACACCACUCCUGCCCCGGACGCGGACCCCACCCCGCUCUUCCUCCGCCCAGCGACGCACCGUGUCCCACCCACGGCCCUCGCCGCGUUCCGCCGCCGCGCGUCCGCGCUCGUCCCGCCCUCCGCGCCCCACCUCCACCGCCACCUCCGCUGGCUCCUCGCCGACGCCACCGACCCAUCCUCCUCCGCCGCCGCCGCGUCCGACGGCGAUGGCCCGGCGCUCCUCCGCGCGCCGCUCGAGGACCUCGAGGCGAUGUGGCUGCGCCACGUCCGGGAGCGCACGCCGUUCCAGUACGUGGUCGGGAACGAGCACUGGCGGGACCUGGUGGUCGCCGUCGCGGAGGGCGUCCUCAUCCCGCGCCCCGAGACGGAGGCCGUCGUCGACAUGGUGCGCGCCGUCGAGGGAUUCGCGGAUGGGUGGUGGGCUGACCUCGGCACAGGGAGCGGCGCCAUCGCCGUGGCUGUGGCCAGGGAGCUCGGUGCCCAUGGGAGGGUGUUCGCCACGGAUGUCAGCGAGGUGGCCAUUGACGUCGCCAGGCUCAACGUCCAGAGGUACGGGGUGCAGGAUAAAGUUGAAAUAAGGCAUGGCUCAUGGUUUGAACCUCUGCAAGAUUUGAAAGGAAAACUUAUGGGUGUGAUUAGUAACCCUCCAUACAUACCAACCGAUGACCUACCGGGUCUGCAACCUGAGGUUGGAUGGCAUGAACCAAAGUUGGCGCUCGAUGGUGGUAAGGAUGGCCUUGAGCAUCUGCUCCAUCUCUGUGAAGGGUUAUCCUCAGUUCUGGAACCUGGGGGUUUCUUUGUUUUUGAGACAUCAAGCGUUUUGUAACGGGAUAUCGAAGAUGAACAAUGGAGCACAGAUGUUAGUGUAAUCAUUUGGAGACAUGUUUUGUCUCUUUAUGACCAGGACCUUCCCAUUUGAAAAAUGAGAUCAGUCUGGGCUGGCUUCGGCAGAAAGCAAACAACACAUACAAUUGCUCCUUUGCAGAGCUUAUCGCUUGGAGUUUAAGCCUGCUGGUGGCAAUAAUAUAUCACAAAGUCAAUCUUAAAUUCAUAUUCAUAAUAUAUAUUGUUUAGGCACGCGAGGCAAUAUGUUUGCCAGAGCCAAACUACAGAUAGAUGGUCCAACUGCCCAAGGAAGCUCUACGAUAGUAGACAAGAGCCCUGCGGCAGUUUGCUUUUAGAAAAUUGUAGCAUGUAUUUGGCCACUAGUUUUGUGGCUGAGUUGGGUGAUGAUUGUGAUUUAAAGUGGAGGCUUUUUGGCGUCCAAAAUUAUUCCGCCGUCCACACGCCACCUUGUGUGCUUCAUUAUUGGUGAUGUGGUCCAGUUAUGUUUAAUUAUU